AUGCAGCUGGUUUACGCGUUCGUGGAGCUCGACCGCGAAAAUGACGGCAUGCGCAUCAUCCAUGGCUCCAACUACUACCGCGAAUUAAUCGCCUUGCUGCUUCGGAAGUUCCCCGAGUUCCGGCACUCACAGCCGGCCGUCAAGUCGAAGCUCAUCCGCAUGAAGAAUAAAUACUACCGGCUGCAGAACCGGCUGGACCGGUCAGCCGUCUCUUCGAAGGAGCAGCUGCCGGAGUGGUAUGUGUUGAUGGAUUCGGUCAUGGAGCGGGACGAGUUUCACCUGCGGUCGGCCAGGGGGGAGAUUCGGCCGCGUCGCGGUCGGCCACCGAAAUCGCGAGGCCGUCCUGCAGCAGCAUCAGCAGUACCGAAGCGAGAGAGAGGACGAGGCGAUUCAAGUGAAGACGACUUGAACCCACUCGACGGUUCUCUCGACGACGCUGAAGCGUAUUCGUUUCCGGCUCUCCCAACCCUGCCCACUGCAGCAAACGCGAGAACACUGCAGUAUCCUUCCCCAGCUCUCCCAACCCUGCCCACUGCAGCAGUUACAAAAGCACAGCAGUAUGUCUCUCCCCCUCCCCGAUCUGCCCGAGAGGUUUCUGCACUGUACACCCCGACUGCAGCUGCUACGUUGCCACUUAAUGCCGGAGCAGCAUCAGCACCUGGGGCGACUGGGGCGUCAUCAACUGUUGGGCAAGCUGUUGCUGCAGCGACUGCUGCUGGGGCAUUGGCAUUGGCAGUGCUCGGCGCAAGCAAUCCAUUGCGUGACGAUAGGCUGACGUCACCUGCUUCGGCCGGAGGUGAUAAGCUGACGUCACCAGCUUCUGCUGAGGAUGAUAGGCUGGCUUCCCCGCCUUCUCCUCGAGAUGGCAUGCAAAUGUCUCCCCCCAUUACCAGAGGGGGGAGGAGAAUGGCAGCAGGGUUGGGACCCACGGGGUGGAGGAGGGGCAGGUGGGGAUCAGGGUGGCGAGAGAGAGAGGGGUUUGCAGUCAAUCCCGGGGUGCGUUCACACUUGAGUGCACGUCGCACGGCCGGCAGGACAGGCCUGAUGGCUGCUGAAGGGCUGGGUGAUGUGAUGGAUGAGGCGGUUGAGAAUGCGUUUGCGGAUUUCGAGGGGCUUACUCAGGAGUGGGUGGAGAGAGCGUGUGGUGAGUUUGAGGGGAUGGUGGCUGAUAUGGCAGAGAGGGCGUGCUUGCAGUUCAGGAGUGCUGCGAGGGAGUUUUCUGAGUCGUGGAAAGCCGGGCAGGACUACAAGAGGCGGAGGAGGUUUUGA